CCUCGCUCUCCAACAUUGGAUUACAGUCUGUAGUCAUGUUGAAUAUGUUUGCCACAUAUUUAGCGAUUGCUUGUGGGACUUUAUUAAUGUCGACGUAUGUUGGCUGCGCAAUUGACGGUUGGAGUGGAACGGGUGUCACCACUGUAACCGCCCCUGAUGCAACUGGCACAGUUUCUGUAAAGGAAGAUCACAAUCCGUCCACGCAAUUGUUCACUGUCGUCGCAACAUCAUCAUCAGACAAUGCAGAUAUCACAUACGAAUUUGCGCCCACUGGGAAUCCUGAUUCAAUAGCAACCAUUACGGACGGUGUAGUCAGCCUUGAAAAUGUUAUACUUGACUUCGAGACUGAAACAGCGUACAGUUUUCUAAUUAAGGCGUCCGAUGGCAAUGGAGAAGGUACUGCAACAGUCAUGAUGUCGGUCACAGAUGUUAAUGAGGCUCCCGUGUUUGCCCAAACUAAUGUUGCCGUUACGGUUGCUGGCAACGCUGCAUUUGGUACAACAGUCGCGACACUAACCGCUACUGACGAGGAUAAAGACGAUGAUAUUGAAUACUCAAUCCAAGGUGGAAACACGGGUAAUGCCUUUAUAGUGGAUCCAUCAUCUGGAGUUAUAACGGUUGCGGCUGCAGGAGGUUUGGAUAAGGAGACCACAUCGCAAUACGCGUUGGUAAUUCAUGCAACUGAUGAUGACACUCCACGAUUUACAGGGACUGCAACAUUGACAAUUACAGUAGGGAAAGAAAUUGGUCAAUCAUGCCAAAACUCCGAGGAAUGUUUGAUCAACGGAGAGUGCAGCGGCGAGCCGAAAACAUGCGUUUGCCAACUUGGGUUCCUGGCUAGCGAGGACAACAAAGCGUGUUCGAGCGGGAAUUCAGGUGAAAGACUGACUGCAGCACUCUGCACCACGCUAACGAUCUCCGUCGCCAUGGUCCUCAUCCAGCUGUAA